AUGUCUGAGGCAGCCCAGGCGAAGAAAUCCUGCGGGCGUUGCCGGUGGCUGAGCCAUGGUGCCUAUUGGACGGAGAGGUGUACUUUCACUGAUUCAGACGGUGUGGUUCGCACCUGGCUGCAGCGGGCCGUCCAUGAAGAUGGCACGUUUGGCUUGGAGUGCCGCCUGUGCAAGGCAUUUGCAGUGCGGUUUCCAGAGAAAAUUUCGAAAAGCAGCCCCUACGUUGAAGGAAAAGUUGUUCCUCGGCAACUGGAAGACUUGCUUCGCCAUGCCGGCGAUGCAAAAAAGUCGGCCAAGAGAAGUUUGGUGCAUCAGCAGGCCCUCGACUAUCACCUGUCCCAGUCGGCUGAGCAAGGAGUCGGCGGGAGCGAACCAAGUCGGCCUUCGUAUGAGCCGGCCAUAUGUUCGUAUCAGGUGCUGAUGUCGGUGGAGACGGCGCACACGCCGAAUGCUGCACAGUGCUCUCUCUAUGAGGCCAAGUGCAAGCAAGGCAAUGCUGACAAUCCUGCCUUGUGCCCGCUGGCUAGGUCCUCUGGCGUGGGGCACUGGAAAAUCCAGCAUAGCCUGUCAGUUCACCUGUGGCGCAGCUGCCGCUCCAAGUUCAAGGCACAUGGAGGAGCUCGCGUUCUCUCCAUUGGCCUUGCCGAGGAGCCAAGGGAUGCGAGGGGCAAGUUCGAGCUGCUCAAGGCCAGGAUCGUCUACUCCGACUUCACAGUCGGCAACAUAGUCGUGGAUCUCUUCGAGCAUAAAGGCCGGAAGACGGCUUUGGACAAGGCGCAGCAGAUCCGGGAAUCUCUUCUCCGUUUCGCAGACGGCAAUGAUGCCAUCAUGGAUGUCCUGUCAAGGAAGACGCAAGUCUUUUGCAGUGACGGAGAGCGUGCGGAACCCCUUUCAGCAAGGCUGGCGAAGGAGCAACACGUAUUGCCCAGCCUCAAGGCUGUGCUGCGCUGCAGCGCACACAGCGCGCACAAGGCGCUGGAGAACUCCCUCGCAAGCGACCCUCGGGCCAAAGACCUGGUAGACGCACUCAUUUCGGCCUAUUCAGACGAAGCGAGCGGGAUGGCUGGAGGGCUCGCACGUGCCCUGACGAACUCCUUGAAGCUUGCCGAUUUGGUGGAAAAGGAGUCGGCCGAGCAGACGGAUCACCUGGUCUCCAAGAUGAGGUUUGCGGCCCAGCGAUUCGGGUCGCUGACUGAGGUAGCUGGCCACAUCGUCAGAAACACAAAGGUCCUCAUCACUGCCCUGACAAAGGUCGGCAACCAGUGGGCCAACAACCUGUUGCAUACAUGUUUUCGUCCCAAGAAACUCCUCCUGUUCGCACUCAUCGCCGAGUUUGGGGCUGCGGCUAUGCGGUUCAUCCGCAAGUUUGACAACAACGAGAGUGUGGAUGGGGGAGGAGUCGGCAAGGUGCCGGCAUUAUGUCGUGAAGUGGCCCUGCUGGAGCAAGAGCUGCAAACCCUCUUUGCUUUUCGGACUCCCGCAGCCAACGAAAACCAGCUCUCUGAGCCCCUGGUCCUGUCGGAAAAGUACAGCACCGGCUUCGUGCAGAUCAUGCAGAAGCAAUUCAAUUUUUUGGUGGAGGAGGCUAUCGUUCAGGACGGCGCCAUGAUUUUUUUCCAUGAGGGAGCAGGCUCGGAGCGGCAGGUGAGACGCUGGCUGGCAAAGGAGUUGGGCUCCAUGAAGAACAUUAUCGAGCUGUUUUUGUCGGCCAUCAGAGCCGAGUCCGACACUGGCGUGGCUGAUCUUGGCCGUGAGAUGCUCCUGCUGCGACCCACGGUUGAGACCCUUUGGAAGCAGGGGCACAGAAACGUGGAGGUCCUUUGGGGGAAAGCCUGCAAUCACUGGCAGAACAAGAUCCACGCGGUGGAUAAAGCCGUGGCCUUUAUGCUGAGCAUAUACACUUCGACGUCCGAGUUGGAGCAGGAGUUUAGCUUCUUGCAGAUUUUCGGGCACCUCUUCAAGAACAGGAUCGACGGGCCGAAGCCGUAUGAGAUCGCGACCCGUUCUUCCAAGAAUGGUGUUGUGACCCUCGUGCCACAGCCCAUCUGCUUUGCUGUGCAGAAGAUCUACGAGGAGCUCUAUAUGGUGCAAAACAGAAGGGGGAAGCAGCAGAAAGAAAUGAAGGAAGCCGCUGAAACAAUAGCGAACAGCCGGCUGAACCCAGAGCGCACUGAGAAGCAUGACAAGCUCUCAGUCUUUCUGCAGAAGUAUGCAGAGAGAAAGGCCUUCCUCUUCGAGGACGACCUCCGCGAGCCGGGCGAGACGGAGAACCACGCCAAGCUGCAGAGGCAUCUGCGAGAAGCCGAGCAGAGAAAAAGCCGGCUCUUGGAGAUGACCAAGCGGUCCAUGGCAACGGUGCUGUUGCACCCCCCGUUGCCGCAGGGCACUCUGGUGGUGGCAUCGGAUGGCUCCUGCAAGAACGAACUGGCGGCAGCUGGUGCGUCGUUCUUCGCUUGGCCCACGUCGACUGCCGAGCGAUUGAACGUCGCACAGUUGGCGUACAGAAGUCGGCAGCUGGUGUGGCUCUCCACAAACGCGGAUGCCGAGGAGGCCAUGCUCUUCCCGACUGAGGAGUCUAUGACAAGUUUCGCAGCCUGUGCCCGACUCCUUGGGGGCCAUGUUGCUGGGCCCUACUGGUUGCAGCUGGCAAGGAGAGACGGCAAGUUGCAUAGCACAGUCUGCUCUCUUAAGAGAGGCCUGGACCAGGACCACCAGCUCUACCUCCACAAGUCGCUUGAGGAGGAUGAUUCAGGAAGCGGCAAGGGCAUGGGCAUCUGUGUCAAGGUGCUGCAAGAGGAGUCGGCUCGGCUAACAGACGGCCAACAUGUCGGCUGGAAGAUCAUGGACAGCAAGAAAGCUUUGUGA